GAGUUUUCGGGAAGAACCGGAAGUAACAGCAGGCGCGGCAUCGUUGAAGAAGCAAACAUGGCGUCCAAACGCAGGGUGGACGCGAUGGUUCCUGCUGAAGAGAGCGACCAGCUGCUGAUCCGACCCCUGGGGGCUGGACAAGAGGUGGGACGGUCCUGCAUCAUAUUGGAGUUCAAAGGGAGGAAGAUCAUGCUAGACUGUGGGAUCCAUCCUGGUCUGGAGGGGAUGGACGCCCUGCCGUACAUUGACCUGAUCGAUCCGGCUGAGAUCGACCUGCUGCUCAUCAGUCAUUUCCACCUGGACCACUGCGGAGCCCUGCCUUGGUUUCUGCAGAAGACCAGUUUUAAAGGGCGGACGUUCAUGACGCAUGCCACCAAAGCCAUCUAUCGUUGGCUGCUGUCAGACUACAUCAAAGUCAGUAACAUUUCUGCUGAUGAGAUGCUCUACACGGAGACGGACCUGGAAGACAGCAUGGAAAAGAUUGAGACCAUUAACUUCCACGAGGUAAAGGAGGUGGCUGGCAUCAAGUUCUGGUGCUAUCAUGCUGGCCAUGUGCUUGGAGCCGCUAUGUUCAUGAUCGAGAUCGCAGGAGUCAAGUUGUUGUACACAGGAGACUUCUCCCGCCAAGAGGACAGACACUUGAUGGCGGCGGAGAUCCCAAGUGUGAAACCAGACAUUCUCAUCACAGAAUCCACCUAUGGAACACACAUCCAUGAGAAGCGUGAGGAGAGAGAGGCCCGUUUCUGCAACACGGUGCACGACAUUGUAAACAGGGAGGGUCGCUGUCUGAUCCCCGUGUUUGCUCUGGGACGGGCUCAAGAGCUGCUGCUCAUCCUGGACGAGUACUGGCAGAACCACCCAGAGCUCCACGACAUUCCCAUCUACUACGCUUCGUCUCUGGCCCGGAAAUGCAUGGCUGUCUAUCAAACCUACAUCAACGCCAUGAACGACAAGAUCCGCAAAGCCAUCAACGUCAACAACCCUUUUGUCUUCAAACACAUCAGUAACCUGAAGAGCAUGGAUCACUUUGAUGACAUUGGCCCCAGCGUGGUCAUGGCGUCCCCCGGGAUGAUGCAGAGCGGUCUGUCCCGGGAGCUGUUUGAGAGCUGGUGCACGGACAAGAGAAACGGUGUCAUCAUCGCUGGAUACUGCGUUGAGGGAACGCUGGCCAAGCACAUCAUGACGGAGCCUGACGAGAUCACCACCAUGUCGGGCCAGAAGCUCCCUCUGAAGAUGUCUGUGGACUACAUCUCCUUCUCUGCUCACACAGACUACCAGCAGACAAGCGAGUUCAUCCGAGCACUCAAGCCUCCCCAUGUGAUUCUGGUGCACGGAGAGCAGAAUGAGAUGGCCCGGCUGAAGGCGGCUCUGAUCCGUGAGUACGAGGACAACGACGAGGUCCACAUCGAGGUCCACAACCCGAGGAAUACCGAGGCUGUUACUCUGAACUUCAGAGGAGAGAAGCUGGCUAAGGUGAUGGGCUCACUCGCUGACCAAAAGUGUGCCCAAGGUCAGAGGGUUUCUGGGAUCCUCGUAAAAAGGAACUUCAACUACCACAUCCUGAUGCCGUCCGACCUUUGCAAGUAUACAGAUCUCUCUGUGGGCACGGUCACUCAGAGUCAGGCCAUCCCCUUCACAGGACCCAUCUCUCUCCUGGUCAGUCAAUUGAGGAACCUGGCAGGUGACGUGCAGCAGGUGGAGGGAGCUGAAAAAAUUACAGUGAAGAUCUUUAAGAGCAUUAGUCUAGUCCAUGAAGCCGGCAUGGUGCAGCUGGAGUGGAACUCCAGCCCGCUCAACGACAUGUAUGCUGACGUGGUGGCCACCGUGGUCCUGGAGGUUCAGUCAAAUCCCAACACCCAGAAGUUUCUGGAGGGCCGGAGGGAAACGUUUGACGAGGAGGUGUUUGUGGAGCGACUGGAGCUCAUGCUGCAUGACAUGUUCGGGGAGGACUGUGUGAACUUCAGCAACAGUGAAAGCUUCAGUGUGAUGGUGGACGGCGCCACGGCAACCAUCAACCCAGUCACACGAGUUGUGACGUGUGCAGAAGACGAGCCUCUGAGGGAGAUGAUUGAAGUUGCCGUUCAUCGGCUCUACGACGCUCUCAGCCCCGCCUUUUGACUGGCCCCCCUCUUCCUGGCUAACAUUUAGACAGUUGUUUUUUUGUGCCAAUAUUCUGUGAAACUAAAUGAUAUUAAAUAAUGUUCAUGACUU